AUAUCAAUCUAAUUGAUGAUCAAAGUCAGACUGUAAUAGACGAAGAUUCACAAGAUCAAAUUGUUAACUUAAGAAAUCAACGAGAAGAAUUAAGAGACACUGUAACUAAAAUGACAGUUAAUCAUACCUAUGAAUUAAAACUUUAUCAAGAUAAGAUUCGAGCAUUAGAAUCUCAAUUGAAAAAUACAAAGUUUAUUAAUGAUAAACUCAGUAAUCGAAGUACUAGUUCUCAACCUCAAUUAUCUCCAACUCAAUCUAAACUGCCACCGCCUAGUUCUAAAUUCAGAUUAACUUCUGAAAGUAGAGGUAAAUUAGCAGGUUUCACUAUAGUUACACCUACCAAGAAGUUUGUAGAUUAGUUUAGUUUAGUUACAUUUAUAUAUAUAUAUAUAUAUUAAAAAAAAGUAUUU